UAUUCGUGAAACCGUCGUCAGUUUCACUUCACCUGCUGUAGAAUUGCAGGCGCUGCUGAUGCAAGAAAACUUUUUACUUCCAACAUCUGGACGGUCAUCCGAUUCUGUGUUUUUUGUCGCCCGCAAGUCUCUUUCAUCGUUGGUUUCUUGACGUAUACUACUGUUCGAUAUAAUUGCAACUGCAACGCCUGCGGUUCUUAUUUCUAUUCAAGGAGCACUGCACGCUGGCGGAACGAGUUGAAUUGGAAGAUGGGCUUAGUACUUCAAUGGGUUUUCUUGGGGCUGAUUGCGCAAUCACUAAUUGUUGCUGGAGAGUUUUUUGAGCCGUUCAAUGUGAGCUACGAUGGCAGAGCGGUGGUCAUCGGUGGAGAGAGGCGAAUGCUAGUCUCCGGUGGAAUCCACUACCCCAGAGCCACCGCCGAAAUGUGGCCUGAUCUUAUUUCAAAGAGCAAAGAAGGUGGAGUUGAUGUCAUUGAAACAUAUGUAUUUUGGAACGUUCACGAGCCAGUAAAGGGACAAUAUGACUUUGAAGGGCGAUAUGACAUUGUGAAGUUUGUGAAGCUAGUGGGUUCUAGUGGCCUAUAUUUAUUUCUACGUAUAGGUCCUUAUGUUUGUGCUGAAUGGAACUUCGGGGGCUUUCCUGUUUGGCUUCGAGAUAUUCCUGGUAUUGAAUUUCGAACAGAUAACAAACCCUUUAAGGAAGAAAUGCAGAGGUUUGUCAAAAAGAUAGUGGAUUUGAUGUUAGAGGAGUCACUUUUUGCAUGGCAAGGCGGCCCAAUAAUUUUGUUGCAGAUUGAAAAUGAAUAUGGAAAUAUUGAAAGCUCUUUCGGUCGUGGAGGAAAAGAGUAUAUGAGAUGGGCUGCGAAAAUGGCAGUUGGACUUGGUGCUGGUGUUCCUUGGGUUAUGUGUAAGCAAGUUGAUGCACCAGAAUACAUUAUUGAUACAUGCAAUGGAUACUAUUGUGAUGGUUUCAAGCCAAAUUCGAACAAGAAACCAAUUGUAUGGACUGAGAAUUGGGAUGGAUGGUAUGCAGAUUGGGGUGACAGAGUUCCCCACCGCCCUACUGAAGAUAUUGCUUUUGCAGUUGCUCGCUUUUUCCAAAGAGGGGGGAGUUUGUUUAAUUAUUAUAUGUACUUUGGUGGGACAAACUUUGGUCGUACUGCAGGAGGCCCAAAUAUCAUCACUAGUUAUGAUUAUGAUGCACCAAUUGAUGAAUAUGGGCUCCUGAGACAGCCUAAAUGGGGACAUCUGAAGGAUCUGCAUGCUGCCAUAAAACUAUGUGAGCCUGUUCUUGUUGCUGUUCAUUCACCUACAUAUAUCAAAUUGGGACCCAAGCAAGAGGCACACGUCUAUCGUGAUGAUAGCAAGUGUUCGGCUUUUCUUGCUAAUAUUGACGAGCAUAGGUCUGCCACAGUGAAUUUUCUCAAUCAAGCAUACAAUUUACCACCUUGGUCUGUGAUUAUAUUGCCUGAUUGCAGAAACAUUGCCUUUAAUACUGCCAAGAUUGGGGCACAGACUUCCAUCAAGACGACUGGACUUGGUGUCUCUUCAGGCAUAUAUGAUCUUUCAUCAUUGAAAUUGAUGGUGCCAUAUGAAUCUGAGUACAUUUCAAAAGCCUGGAGUUUUGUUAAGGAGCCAAUUGGUGUCUGGAGUGACAACAACUUCACUCACCUAGGCAUUCUGGAGCACUUAAAUGUGACAAAGGAUAAGUCCGAUUAUCUAUGGUAUACCACCAGAAUACACAUUUCUGAAGAGGAUAUUUCAUUUUGGAAAGAGACUCAGGUUGCUCCUGUGAUUUCCAUUGACAGCAUGCGCGAUGCAGUCUGCAUAUUUGUUAAUGGCCAAUUUCAAGCUAGUGCAAAAGGAAAUUGGAAGAAGGUAGUUCAACCUGUUGAGCUCAUCCAAGGACAGAAUGACAUUACACUGCUAUCUGAAACAGUGGGUUUGCAGAAUUAUGGCGCCUUCCUUGAGAAGGAUGGAGCAGGUUUCAGAGGUGAAAUUAAGAUUACAGGGUUUAAAAAUGGAAAUCUUGAUCUUACAAAAGCUAUGUGGACCUACCAGGUUGGACUUAAGGGGGAAGCCCUAAAAUACUUUUCCAUUAAUGAAAAAGUUUGUACAGAAUGGAAUCCAUUGCCAUCUGAUGCAGUUCCAACCAGGUUUUCCUGGUACAAGACGACUUUUGAUGUCCCCAGCGGAAUAGACCCCGUUUCCUUAGACUUCAGUAGUAUGGAAAAAGGUCAGGCAUGGGUCAACGGUCACCACAUUGGAAGAUACUGGAUCUUAAAUGCCCCACAGGAUGGAUGUCGGACUUGCGAUUAUCGUGGAACAUAUAAUUCCGACAAGUGUGUGACAGAUUGCGGAAAGCCAACUCAAUCUUGGUAUCAUGUGCCAAGAUCAUGGCUACGACCAUCUGGAAAUCAGCUUGUCAUCUUUGAGGAAAGUGAUAAACUUCCUCAUAAGAUUUCCAUCGAGUCACAUUUCACCGAAACUGUUUGUGCCAAAGUCUCUGAGAAUCACGCUCCUCCUCUGCACGCAUGGUCAUAUGCCAGCAAUGGAACAGUUUCACUCAAUCCUACAGCACCUGAGAUGCACUUGAGUUGUGAAACUGGAAGCAAAAUCUCCUCAAUCGAGUUUGCUAGCUAUGGAACUCCACAGGGCAGCUGCCAAAGCUUUUCAAGAGGCGAUUGCCACGCACCCAAUUCAUUUUCUGUGGUCUCUCAGGCCUGCAUUGGGAAGCAAAGCUGCUUCGUAAGUGUCUCCAAUUCUGUAUUUGGAGAUCCCUGUCAUCGUGUCGUCAAGACAUUAUCUGUGGAAUUGAAAUGCUCGUCGUCGUCAUCAGCCACCAGAGCGUCUCUAACAAACUCUCUCUCCCAAUCGGCCUAAAGAUAGAUCUCAUGAUACAUGCGCUGGGAGUCCUGUAAGACCUUCAAAGUUGUGCAUUAAAAUCUGCAUUCAUAAGACCUUCAAAGAUUGUGCUAAAAUAAUAUUGUCAAGAAAUCCAUAAUAAUAAAGUUAGUACAAAUUAUUGCUACGUGUACAUUAGGUGUAUGUCUUUUGACUGCAGACGUAUGUAAUAUACUUGUUAAGUACGAGAGUUUAAAAGUAUGGUUUUGACCCAAGAAAUGGAAAGAGUGUGGACCCAAUGGUGGGCCAAAAGUGAUUUUCAGUCGGAUUGACUGAUGGAAACCAACAGGCUAUCAGGUAUAUUUGGUCAGUUCAUCAGAUGAAGAGCCCAUCCGACUUUUACUGCUGGGUCGGGUGGUUUUGAAGAAACUGACUGGAACUGCAGGGUCGGACAUCUGUGGUUAUAAUAUACCACGUGUCGGCAGAAGGUUUCUUAAAGGCAACCGAUGAUCGUGUGGAUAGGGUAACCGACGACAGUUCAAUACACGAUAUUAGGUAACCGACUCUGAAACAGUUUUGGACGGUUCAAGUGGGUUUUUAUUUAAACAAAUCAAUGGAUGAGGGAAAGGGGAUCUUCAAUCAUCUCAUGAAAAGUCUUAUCGGAGAUCACUCAUUUUAUAAUUCUUAGUUCUAGUGCAUUUUCUAGUUUUUAUGUACUUUGUUUUAGGGAUCUAUGAUCUCUGA